CAGGCCUGCAGCCCCGGCCAGGCGCCUCCCUGGGCCCCAGCCGUGACCCGCCCACCCUGGGCGGCCACCGGCCCCCCGCUGGCCAGAGCAUGACUUUGAUUAACCCCCAAGAGACAGACCUGCUGGCUCCUUCCCCCAAGUUGCUCAGCUCCUCAAAGUCCUGAACCCCGGAGGGCCAUUUCCUGUCCGCACCUGUGGGCUUGGGGGGCCGCUUCCCUAAGGACAGCGCCUUCAAGGUGGCGUCCAGCGAAGGGGGAGGUUUCGCUGGGAAACGCUUUCAUUUUCAACUUUAAGAGUUCAGAGACAACGUGUGGUCUUUCAGACGAACUCUCCCACUUUCAGGGAGAAGAAAAACGGGGUAGAGGCACAUGGGCCCCUGGGGUGCAGGGCCAGCCUCAGGCCGACACCGCUGUGUCCGGAGCGCAGCCGGCGUGGCCCGGGGUGCGGCAGCCCCCGUCCCCCGCUGCCCCUCAGCUCUGGGUUUCAGGGGGCCCGUCUGCUCUGCUCCCUGCUCUGCCUCCGGGGGGACCUCUCGCCCCCACCUCUGGCCUACCCCCAGUCCCACAUGCACAAAGAGGGAACGAAGGGGUCCCGUGCUGACGAUGAAAGUUGCAACGUCUGUGCCUGGGCAGACAGGGCGAGUGGGCCGCGGCGCACUGAGGGGCGCAGCACGGGGCGCCGGCUCCGCCGUGGCCCGCAGCCGAGAGCCCAGCCUCCCCCCCCCCAGGUGAAGGCCCAGCUGGAGGAGAAGGAGAACAAGAAGUUCCCCACGUUCAAGGCCGUGGAGUUCAAGAGCCAGCUGGUGGCCGGGAGGAACUACUUCAUCAAGGUCCAGGUGGGCGAGGAAGAGUUCGUGCACCUGCGAGUCUUCCAGAGCCUCCCGCACGAGGACAAGCCCCUGUCCCUGUCCAGCUACCAGACCGCCAAGACCCGGCACGACGAGCUGUCCUACUUCUAGCCCCGGCCGGCCGCCCCCGCCGCCCCCCCGGAGCCCAGCCCGUCCGCCUGCUCAGUGUCCCCGGCCCCCGUCAGUGAGCGUCAAAUACAAGCUCAGCUCUGCACAGCUGGCCUGGGACUGUCCCCGGGGCCGGGGCCGCCCCCCGAGGAGUGGGCCAGGCCUGGCGUGGUGGGCGCCGGGCCCUGCACGUGAGCCCUGGAGGCGGGCGGCUGUCCUGUCCCGGGCGGCCCUGCGGCUCGCAGGGCCGCUACCAGCUCCCACGGAGGUCCCCGCAUUGCGAGGCCAGGCAGCGCCCGCGUGGUGCCCGGGCUUAGCCGGCACUCCCCGUGCCCCCAGGGCUGCAGCCAGGCGUGGCACCGAUGCCCCAGGUGGGCCCGAAGGGGCGCCCGCAGCAGCCGGGUCGGCUUCCGGGCGCAGGCGCUUCUCUGCCCCACCGGCCACCCGCCCAGGGGCUAAGCGGGCGGAGCCGGGCCAGCAGGGACCCCGCCUGCUGCCAGCUUUGCCAGGGUCACUGCUCUGGGCGCGGGGAAUAGAGCGCUGGGCGGGGGGGGGGGGUGAGUCCCUCUUGGCCAGGGAGUGACCACAGGGCACAGCAGGCCCAUCUCCCGCUGCCCCCUCAGCGGUGGCUGCAUCUUCCUGUUCGUCCCGCUCUGGGGACUCCUCACCCCUGCACCUCUGGCCUGCACACAAAUACAUGGAAAAAAUAAAGACCCAGGUCACCAGGCUCAGCUGGCCAAAGG